GGGGACUAGGGAGCGCGCGUGGCACGAAGCGGAGCGAGGCCGGAGUGGGCCGCCUUUCGCCUCCCACUGGGUGGGGAGCGGGAGCCUUUAAGAGAGGCGGAGGCGGAGGCGCGUGGGGCAGAGCGUGGCCAGGAGGGACCCGGGCAGGAGCGCAGCAGAGGAGGCCGGGGGGAGCUCCCCGCCAUGGGGGAGGACGGGGUGCAGGCCGAGCGCAGCGGCGCCCAGGCUCUGCCCAGCUCCGAGGAGCACAGCCCCAGCCCCAGCCCGCAGCCGGGCGAGGCGCUGCGGGACAGCUCGCAGGUGAACGCCAUCACCGUGCUCACCCUGCUGGACAAGCUGGUGAACAUGCUGGACGCGGUGCAGGAGAAGCAGCACAAGAUGGAGCAGCGGCAGAUCGAGCUGGAGGGCUCGGUGAAGGGCAUCCAGAGCGACCUGAGCAAGCUGUGCAAGCACCACGCCUCCACCAGCAACGCGGUCAGCAAGCUGCUGGAGAAGUCGCGCAAGGUCAGCGCGCACACCCGCGAGGUGCGCGAGCGCAUGGAGCGCCAGUGCGCGCAGGUCAAGCGGCUGGAGAGCAACCACGCGCAGCUGCUGCGCCGUAACCACUUCAAGGUGCUCAUCUUCCAGGAGGAAAAUGAGAUUCCUGCCAACGUGUUUGUGAAAGAACCCGUUCCCAGCAUUACAGAAGGGAAGGAAGAGUCUGUGGAUGAGAAUAAAACUCUGGAAGAAACAUUGCAUACGGUGGAGCUGUCAUCAGAUGAUGAAAUGCCCCAUGAUGAAGAUGGUCUGGAUGACAGUGUCGAGGAAAAGAUGGGAGAGUCAAGAGCUGAGAAGAUAAAAAGAUCAAGCCUCAAGAAAGUGGACAGCCUCAAGAAAGCAUUUUCUCGCCAAAAUAUUGAGAAAAAGAUGAACAAGAUCAGCACAAAAAUUGUGUCUCAGGAACGACGGGAGAAAAUUAAGAAAUCACUCACCCCACAUCACCAGAAAUCUUCUCAAAAAAGCUCUUCUUUCAAAGUGUCUCCCCUCACCUUCAACGUGAAAAAAGUCCAUGAAGGAGAGACCCCGGCUGAAAAUGAGGAUAAACCACCAGAAACCACAAGCAGUGAGCAGGCCAUGAAUGACGAGGAGACCUCCUUUACUGAGGGGCUCUCGGAGAUCACAACUCCAACUUCUUUAAUUGAGGAAAGUAAAGCAAUAGCUGAUUCCCUAGAGAAAGAGAGCAGAGAAGGGGACGCGAUGAUACACAGCAACAUCGAGCUCUCAAUUGUUGAAGAUGAUGAAGAAUAUGGGACAGCACUAGAAGUUGCUACCCAGAGACUGUAUGAUGAAAGAAACAAACCAACCAAUGGGGAAACAGAACAGUCUGAUGAAGAAUCAACCCAAGCAGCUGUUCUCCACAUAGAUCAAACUGCAUCAUAAAUCCAAGCUUUCCUUUCGGCUUAGUUAAGCAAAGAAGCAGUGUAUAUUCCUGUUACACAUAAAAUGUAUCGGGUGACAAUGAUUAAGCUUAUUGUUUCCCAUGCAGUGCUAAAGUAUUGCAUAGCGUUGAAAUGCAGAGCAAACCAGGUCUACUAUGCAGGCAAACUACAUAGUGUUCCGCCCCUAUGCAAGGUGAAACAACUGGUAAUGUUAAUAGAGUUGCUACAGUCAGCUGCAAUUGGAGAUAUAAGGAAACGAAACAGACCAGUGGAAGCAGGCUGGUCAAUUUGGUUUUUAAGUUAGAUCAGGGAAUUGCUUGGAUAGUCAUCAAAGUAUUUUUCCCUUUUUUGCAGUAUUUUGUUUUUUUUUUAUAUAUAUACUUAUGUCACUAAACACUCUAACUUAGCUUGCCUUGCCAUGUCAUAGAAAUGCUAACAUUCAGUAAUUGUAUAUACGUGUAUAAUUUUAUUUUGGGUGUGGACCCAUUUUACAAUAAGACUAGAAGAACAGAAUAUGCAAAGGGUGAAAUCCUACCCCACUGAAGUCAGUAUCUUGCCAUUGAGAUAGGGGGCCAGGAGUACACCCAAAGUCUUUUGUUAGUCACUUAAUAGAAAUAACUGUGUUUCUAUGGCAAAGGGAGACAUGAUUUUGUAAUUUACAGCAGUUUAUAGAAAUAGAUGAGUGACAAGAUGAAUGCGUAACUAACUACAGUACUCACAGCAAUAUCUUAGGUAAUGCUUGGCAUGUUGGCAAAAGCAGUUGCAGAUAUAGAAACAAGGGAUGAUAUGAUAGAAAUGGAGAUGAUAUGGUGAAAGAUUAGAAGGAGAGAAUGUGAAAGAAAGGGGGAAAAAAUGCUACCAGCAUAAAGAAUAUACACUCAAAUAACCAUUAAAUUACUACUUAUUCCUUAGAGCAGUAUAUUUUUCAUCUUUGCACCUGCACAAGAUUGUAUCUAAGAAUAUUUUGAAAAUAGCAUAACUUAUCUUUAUUUUCAUAUAUGUAGUGCUAUACCUACAGAAUAGUUACAUAGCUACAGGGAUGUAAGGACAGGAUUUGCAAAAGGUAGAGUUUUGUGUUUUUGGUCAGGAUGUUGAAAGAUAAGUGUACUGUGGUUUGUCAACUAAGCCAAUUUCUACAAGCUGUGUGGUUGGAUUUUCCACUGAUACAACUUUCAGACACACAAAAUAUUCCUGUGGGGGUUUGUGUUUUUUGAAAUUUCACUCCCUUUGAUUCUUCAUUCCAGCUACUUUAUAAACGGGGAAAAGGAAAAAUCCUGUAGUUGCCUUACAUCCUUGUCUUUUUUUAUACAUUUUGUUUUUCUAUUUUGUUUUUUUGAAUACUGAUCAUUCUUGUUACAUAACAUUGCACUAACAUGUUGCUUUCUUCAAAUUGUAUUUAAAAUUACAAAUCAUUUAAGUUUUCUAAGAAAAAAUACACAUUACAGAGUGCUUAUCAGAGAUGACCCUCUGGAGGGACAGUUCCUUGAACCAGUAAAAUGACACUGGGAAUUAGUCUAUAAUUCUAGCUGAUUUUAAGCAGGCAGGAUUAAAAUGUAGGAUGUUUGUUAUAUAAUAUCAUACAAGAACUACGAUCUGUAAAACGAAGGAUGACAUAAUCCAUGCAGCUGCAUUAUUUUGUAUUAGCUACACUGUUACUCAAUUAUUCAAUACUUGUAACUAACUUCAGAUGUGAUGAAUAAAAAAAAACUAAUACAACCAUGUAUUGUCUGCACAAAACAAUUUUAGGGGUUGGUUAAACAAAAUUAAAGACUAAACAUUUACUCUUUGA